AUGAGCAGUGGGGUCUGCAGACCAGUCUUCAGUGAGGGGGCGGGCGGCACGCUCCAGUCUCGGAUGUCCUGUUUCAUUUGGAAGUCAAGGUUGGUGACACCUAAGUGCGUUUCUGCUGCAAGGAAUUUAAGGACAUUCUCCGUCUUCAUUUUCAAGAAGUCACAAGGUACAGACAUAGUGAACAUUUCCCUUUCUGACAGGAACCUAGGACAAUGCUAUAUGGACUCUUCUCUGAGUAGCCGGGAAAGCAUUAAUGGCCUCCCUGUUCUGUUCUUGGAACAGCAGCUCUCUGUCAUGCUGAGCUGCUAUGAAGCCCCUGCCGUUGAAGCAGAUCACCCAGGAAAGCUCUUCAUUGUUGGCCUCAAUACAAAAACAAUUGAGAAAUGCCUUGAAACAGUAUUUGACAAAUAUGGAAAAAUAGUAGAAGUUAUAUUGAUGAAAGAUCAUGAAACCAACAAAUCAAGAGAAUUUGCUUUUGUCACAUUUGAAAGCCCAGCAGAUGCUAAGGAUGCAGCCAGAGAUGUGAAUGGAAAGUCCUUAGACCAUAUGGAAGAGAUAGUUAUGGAGACACACCUUGAAGGGAACCCCUGCCCUCUUGUAGAGAUGUUUAUUAGUCCCCAAGAGAUGAUGGGCAUUCUACUAAAGACAGUAUUUCAAGCACAGAUUACCCAAGUUCUCCUGAUACAAAAGAUUAAGCACCACCACCAAGAGAUUAUAUUUACUGUGACUCUGGUCAUUCUAGUUCACAUGAUGACUACCCAUCAAGAGGCUAUAGUGAUAGAGAUGGCUAUGGUCCUGAUUCUAACUAUUCAGAUCAUCCAAGUGGAGGUUCCUACAGAGAUUCAUAUGAGAGUUAUGGUAACUCAUGUGAUGUCCCCCUACAAGAGGGCCCCUGCCAUCUUAUGGUGGAUGCAGUCUCUGUGA